CUAGGUGCCUGUGAUUCUGUUGCUAUGCAACCAUAUAACAUUCAAUUUUUAAAAAGUACAUUUCAUUUAAAUAAUGGUAAACAAUUUCUGCUAAAUUAGGUAGAAUGAAUAAAAUAGUUGAUGUUGAUUUUUCCGGUUUACAUUCAACCGAUGAAGCCCUGCAGUAUAUUAAGGACUAUGAAGUCUAUACGGAAACGAUUGGGGACGUUUGGGAAAAUUGUGUAAUUGAAUCCGUUUUUAGCAUAUUUUACUCCGUGUGCAAAGCGAUCCUAAUUAAUUUAAUGUUUGGUUUGGUUACUUCCUUUGCUGUCCCUGCUCUAAUAUUUCAUUGUUUAUCGGGGUUAUCCGGCGUCUAUAUGUUAUAUUCAAUGAGUCACUCAACAGUAGGUUUAAUAAUAGUAUUUAGUUACUCAGUUUUUACCUAUCUUUUGCUUGUUGUCGAAGUAAAACUAUCAUCACACUCGCAAACAAAUCAGAUUCUUCUUUUCAUAAAAAACUACAACCUAAUCACCUAUCAAGUGAUAAUAGUUCUGGUAUUAUUUGAAUAUGGUGUAUUAGAUCCGGAAGUCUGGUUGAGCAUUAGAGGAGUCGUGAUGAUUUUGACAAUGAAACUGAUUUCGCUGGCUAAUGAUGUUAAGACUGAAUUGUUUUCUAUUCCUUCAAUAACCGAGUAUUUUGGCUACAUGUUUUGUGGUGGAAACCUCUUAUUUGGUCCAUGGAUUAAAUAUAAGGAAUAUAUCCUUUUGAAUCAAUGUCACACUGUGAAGUCUGUCUGGUGGAUUGUAGGUGUUGCAAAAGCGUUAUGUUUGUCACUUCUGUGCUUAUCAAUUUCAAACUGCUGGUUACAUUAUUUUAUAAGUGACGAAUCUGGUGGCUUUAUAGUUGGUUAUAAACAAGCAUUGACAUUUAGGACAAGUCACUAUUUUAUUUCCUAUUUAUCGGAAGCAUUAAUGUUGGCUGCUGGUUGGAAAACAUUUGAUAAAUGGUCUGAUAAUAAGCAUUGGGAAUUUAGAGUUACAAACCCUUCCGCCAUUGAAUUUCCACAAGCUUUGGCAAUUGUUGUAGUUAACUGGAACAUACCUGUGCAUAGGUUUUUAAAAGAAUAUGUUUAUCGGAAAUGGCUCCCUCUUGGAAAAUUUUAUGCCAUACUAUUAACUUUUGUCAUAUCUUCAUUGCUUCAUGGCUUUGAAAAGAAAGUGUCUAUUGUACUUAUUUUAAUCGGAUUAUUUUCAGUCAUGCAGAUGUCGGUUAGAGAUUAUUUUGCUCAAACUUUUGAUAGUUGCAUUCGAGUUCACCCAUGCAGAGAUUGUCAGCAUUUGUUUAAAAGAAAUUCCGUGGUUUCAAAAGCAGCUAUGUUCAUAUUUUCCUGUUUUACUGUAGUACAUCUAAUUUAUUUAGGUGUCAUAAUGGACUAUUCUACUGAUGAGGUUGGAUUAUACCAGAAAUGGAGUGACUUAUAUUUCAUUAGCUUUUGGAUAAUGUUUAUGGAUAUUCUAAUUGUUAAGUAAUCUAGAUUAGUUGUUAUAGAAUGUUCUACCGUGUGAUAUUUGAAAUGUAAUUAAUCAGUAUUAUUAACUAACAUA